AAUUUCCUCCCUUCCUUUAUUCCCAACCCUCGCGCGUACACGUAUUUCAUAAUUUGCAUUUCGCGCAUGUAGCGUAUUAUUAUACACCUCUAUAACGUACGAGGUACGGUAGCUAAUUAGAAGUUAAAUUACUAUGACGGCUCCGCGGUGCACCAGCCGCACCAGCCGACAUCGACAGUGCCGACACCGUCCACUGCUCGUUGGAGGUUAGGUCCUCGGAUCGGGGUGAGGAGAAACGUUCGCGACUGUGGUUCGGCCUCACGCGAGCGCAUCCGUUUGUCAGCCGGGAUCUGACUGCAUGGGGAUUACGUGGUACCCGAAUAUUAUCUGAAACAUGGACUCGCCACCGAACCUGGAGACCGUUUACCAGGCCGUGUUCUCUUUAUAUAACAAUACAAAUCCGGCCGAGCCAGGAAAAGCGUCACUAUGGCUGGGAGAAUUGCAGAAAUCGGUAUUCGCAUGGAAAAUAGCAGAUGAGAUGUUACAUCAAAAACGAAACAUGGAAUCUUGUUAUUUUGCUGCACAAACAAUGCGCACCAAGAUCCAGCUCUCCUUCCAUGAGUUACCCCAAGAAGCUCACACUUCAUUGCGAGAUUCAUUAAUGGAACAUAUAUCGCAAAUCAAUGAACACACUAAUUCUGCCAUUGUUACUCAGUUAUGCCUAGCUCUAACAGAUCUGGCUCUACAAAUGUCCUCCUGGCAGAAACCAGUGAUAGAUUUAAUUAAUAGGUUUGGAGGAAACACCGCGCAUCUAUGGCCGCUACUUGAAAUAAUGACGGUAUUUCCAGAAGAAGUAAAUUCAAGAUCACUUAGGUUGGGUGCUAAUCAUAGACAGCAUAUAUUACAUGAACUCAAUACAAAUGCAGAUACCGUGACGGAAUUUCUGAAAAUGUGCCUAAAAAACAGCGGAGAUAAUUUACAAAUCCAAAUCACUAUUUUGCGAUGUUUUACCAGCUGGAUAACCGUUCAUGCAAUACCACUUAAAGCUGUACCCUCGAGCGAGGUAGUCGUUUAUGCUUUACAAGUACUCAGCAAUCAUAUGGCUGUUUCACAACUUCACGAAACGGCUACUGACUGCAUCUGCGUAAUUUUGCAAGUGUUAGGGGAAGAUAGCAAUACCAAUCGUGGUAGUGACAACGAAACGAGCGUGCAGUUGCAGCAAUUGCAAUUGUGUCUUUUCACAAGUGUAAUGAAUUUAGAACAACCAUAUCAUCUAUCUGUUGCGCACGAGGACAUGGAAAAAUCUAUAAGUUAUUGUCGAAUAUUCACGGAACUGGCCGAGACGUUUCUAGAUACUAUAGUGACAGGUAGCGGAGAUGGAAAGCAGCAUUAUGCCAUAAAAAUUUUAGAUCUUGUCCUUACAUGUGUUGGUCAUCAUGAUUAUGAGGUUGCACAGAUCACUUUUAACCUGUGGUAUCGACUAUCAGAAAUUCUUUACCAGAAAAAUAGCGAUGAUCUUAAUACCAUAUUCCGACCUCAUAUUGAGAGACUGAUUGGUGCCCUUUGCAGGCAUUGUCAAAUGGAACCAGAUCAUUUGGGUCUCGUGGAAGAAGGAGGAGGAGGAGAAGAGUUUGCUGACUUCCGAAAUCGCGUAUCGGAUUUGAUAAAAGAUGUGGUGUUCGUGGUCGGGAGUAGCCACUGUUUCCGACAAAUGUUUUCGUCAUUGACCGGAGGACCUGGCCCGCAAGGUCAAUCUGUACAUCCACCUACUUGGGACUCGAGCGAAGCUGCGCUUUUUAUAAUGCAGGCGGUGGCAAAAAAUAUUCUACCAGAAGAAAAUGACGUCGUUCCGAAAGUGGUGGAAGCUAUUCUUAAUUUGCCGGAAAACACUCAUAUAGCCGUACGCUAUACCAGUAUUCUCCUGUUAGGCGAACUAUGUGAGUGGGUAGAUAGGCAUCCGCAAUCAUUAGAACCAGUUUUAAAUUUUCUCUUAGACUGUUUAAAUCAAAAAGGUUUAGGAAGUGCCGCUUCGGGUGCAUUAUUAUGUAUAUGUUCAGCUUGUCAAGUGCAUAUGACAACGCACUUUUCUGGACUCUUGCAAAUAGCACGUUCUCUCGACAAUUUUGCUAUUAGUAAUGACGCAGCUAUUGGCCUACUAAAAGGGGUGUCGAUAAUUUUGGGGAGAUUACCACAGGAGGAAAUUGCUCCGGCAAUGAGAGAAUUGUGCUGCUUUCAAGCAAGUUCCCUGUGGGCACUUCUGGCGGAUGGAGUUCAAAUCGAGAGAGGAACAAAGACUGAUCCUGUGAUAUGGCUGGAUAGAUUAGCCGCUAUAUUUAAAUAUACUAAUCCUCAAAUCUUUGAUGACCCUCAUCCUUGUCAACCUGUAGUCACUGAAAUGUGGCCUGUAUUGUCAAAUGUAUGUGAAACAUAUCAACGAGACGUAAGAGUCAUAGAGAGAUGUUGCCGUUGCAUACGUUUUGCGGUGCGCUGUGUGGGCAAUCAGUCUGCCCAUUUGCUCGAACCAAUUGUGAAACAAAUUGUACCGUUGUACACGGUACAUAAACAUAGUUGCUUCUUGUAUCUUGGCUCUAUAUUGGUGGAUGAAUAUGCGACCGAGACGGAAUGUGUAUGGCAUCUGGUAAAUAUGUUACAAGCUUUCAUUGCCCCCACAUUCGCCCUUCUUGAACAAGAAGACGGUUUGAAAAAUCAUCCGGAUACGGUGGAUGACCUAUUCAGAUUGUGUGCCAGGUUUCUUCAAAGGGCUCCUAUUCCUUUAUUACAUUCUCCUGUAAUGGGGAGCAUUGUAGAUUGUGCUAUAAUGGCUUGCAGUUUGGAUCAUAGGGACGCCAAUAGUUCAGUAAUGAAAUUCUUUUAUGAUCUUAUACAUAGUGGUCGCACUUGUAAGGAGGAAUCAAACUACACGAUACGACGACAAUUGGUACAAAAUAUAUUGCAAGAAAAAGGUCAAACAUUAGUCAUAAAAUUACUACAUGCUUCGGUGUUUGAUCUGUCUUCUUACAUGCAGUCUGAUGUGGCGGAUGUCAUGAUAGAACUUAAACGAAGCGAUACAGACCUCCUGUCAAAAUGGCUGGAAGAAGCUAUCAAAACAAUGCCGUCGCAAAACGCAGGCGGAGCUCCUACAGCAACACCUGAGCAACUACUUGAAUUUCAUAGUGCAGUCACGAGGUCUGAACAUACGAGAAUCGUCGCAAAUGCUCUACGAGAUUUCGCGCGUCUGUAUCGCUAAUGCAUUUUAAUUGUAUAUUGAUUAUACUAAAUUCCUCAAAAAUUAUUCAUAAGAUCUUCCAGCAAGUUUCGAUUGUGACAUCUUGAAACAACAAAAUUUGCUAUGGUCUCGCUGUACAAAUAUAUUAGGAAAAAAAGUACCAACAUUUUUUUAUGUUCUUACUAUCUAUAGUUAUGUUUGCAAACUACACAUGUACAUGUAUAUGUAUAUGUAUGUAUUGUAUGUGGAUAAAGGUGACUUUUAUAAAUAAUGU